AUGCCUACCUUUGAAACGCCCCCCGAGUCAUAUAUCGAGGCAGAGGUCAACGCCCUCAUCGCCGAGGAGCGAGCCCAGUUGACUAACCGAUGCAACUGGUUCGAGAAGGCACUCGAGGAACGGACCGACCAGCUGAACGAGAGAGAGCGGGCGGUCAUCCGACUUCACCAUGAGAACAAGACACUUCGUGAUAAGCUGGAGGAGAUGUGGGAGUGGACCACGAGCCAUCAGGACAAGAUCCGAGGCCAGGAAGAAUUAUUAAAAAGCACUCAGACUGCUCUGCGCAGGGCCGAGGAGCGCGUCGAAGCGCACGGGACUCAUCCCGCCGUUGAAGAUGAGUCUCCGAUACAACGAAAACUCUACCAAGUCUUGGAACAGACGAGAAAACAGGUGAGGGAGCUGCGAGUCGAGCUUGAUGAAAAGGAAGAUGAGAUUAACUAUCUUUCCAAAGAGCUACACGACGCGACUACUGCGACACUAACCCCCACGCAGUCAUUGGCUCUUCGAAACUACAAGCGCGCACAAUUGGAAGAUGCAAUCGAGGAGAUGCUUCCGAUGCUGGCGGCUGAGAACGAGUUCUUGAAGCAGGUUAUCGCCAAGGCCUGGGAAUUGGGAAGUACCGUCGAGGCGACUUAUUACGAUUAUAAACAAUUGCCUUCACAGCCAGUACCUGGUUCGGGUCAGUCAAGUGCAUUGGCGAUUGGGUACACGCAUGACGAGAUGAGCGUUGAUGUUUGUCAGAACACCUCGCCAGAGUUGGAGGUCUAUACGCACGAACCCGAGAUGGACUACUCUAUGUGCGAUAGAAAUUCUCGCAUGCAUUGCCUCACGAGACGAGAUUCAACCCCGACUAUCAUGACGAUCGAUACAGAACCCGAGCAAUCAUACCUCGAGGAAAUGGAUGUGGGUGUAGAUACUAACCCCGACCAAGAUAUGGUUAACGUAGGCAGCGACACCGCAAUCACGGGGCCUCUGAUCCGGCGAUCACCACCUUCGAAGGCAUGGACAGCUUUCCGAGAGAGCCCGACGUUCGAUAUUGACUCCGACAAUGAAGACAAGGAGCCGUUGUCAAAACGCCAACGUGACUGUCCAUUGGGUGACAAGACGGACAAAGGACAAACUACCAGUGAAUGUUGGUGUUCCCAAUUUUCCAUGCUUGAUGAAACUCUGGUGCGCCAUAUGGCUUCGCUGAAGAUAAUAGACAAUGCGGUGGCAGUCAUUGACAAGGCUUCCUCCCCACCUGCACCAGCAUUAUCGCAAACUUCCAGGUCAAUUGGUGUACAGGCCGAAGUUCAGGUACCACACGACGUCCAAACUGAAGACAAGAAUGGUCCUGCUGACCCAGUGACUCUACCACCAGGAACCCGGUCAUCUAAAUCAUUUGCCCUGUUCUCCAAUGGUCCCGUGUAUCUCUCACACUGGCGUGUACCAAGCUGGCAUGGAUGGACAUGGCGGUCGAAGCCGGUUCCACCACCAGGGCAAGAGAAAAAGCGACCAAUUAUUCUGGAUCUGCCGCCAUAUCCGAACGUCCAUUCUCCUCUCCCAGAUAGAAUCAGUCCGAUUCGUGAGGCUCUUUCGACUCGGGUGGACGGACAGCCUAUCCCGAGAGGACAACCAGUGAUGGGCCCCCUUAUGCCUGAUAAUUCUGUCCCUGGAUCUUUCGUUCCACCAGAGCGAGUUUCCCCCCGCCGACCGAAAAUCGGUAUCGACUGUUGGAUUAUUUUGGACCCGCCCGACGCCGGAUGGAUGGAUGCAAACGAGGUGCCUCAUGGUGUUCUGCAUAAACUUCGUGACGAUCAGAUCUCCGACUUUCGAUUUCCAGAGAUCGUUGACUAUCAGAUGGUAUACAUGUCCCUGUUGGAUAGGGUGGCGCAGGGAUAG